GAAGCGGAAGUGGGUCGCAGUUGAGGCGGCGGCCUCUUGCUUGAGGAGGCUCUUCUCCGCGGCUGGUGAAGGAGCUUCUUCUCUCGAGUGCGACGGCGGCGGCGCCUGCGGACCGAACCAAGCUGCAGCUGUGAACCUUCUGAGGCCCACUUGCACAGAGAGCAAGCUUCAGGCUUUUUUCAAGACUGUGCGUCUUUGCAUAGCAAGAUUUUUUUGGUGGCAGGGAGGGAACAUAUGUCUGUAACUGCAAAUGAAGCCAGAAAGGAUCUCACUCUGUCACUGAGGCAGGAAUCCAGUGGCGUGAUCAUGGCUCACUGCUGCUCCAGCUUCCCAGUCUGAAGCGAGCCUCCCACCUCAGCCUCCCAGGACUUGAGAAUACUGGAAAUCUGUCCAGAUCCAAAUUCUUCUGCAAGCCAGAUCAGUAACCAGAGGUCAUGAAAGCUUGAGAACACUUGACUUCCCCGCAAACUUUGGCAUAGAUCACUUCCUCUUCUGUACAUUGGCACCAAAGAGCACAAUGAGUACAAGAAAGCGUCGUGGUGGAGCAAUAAAUUCUAGACAAGCCCAGAAGCGAACUCGGGAAGCAGCCUUUACCCCAGAGAUUUCCUUGGAAGCAGAACCCAUAGAACUCGUGGAAACUGCUGGAGAUGAAAUUGUGGACCUCACCUGUGAAUCUUUAGAGCCCGUCGUUGUUGACCUGACUCACAAUGACUCUGUUGUGAUUGUUGAUGAAAGGAGAAGACCAAGGAGGAAUGCUAGGAGGCUGCACCAGGACCAUGCUGACAGCUGCGUGGUGAGCAGUGAUGAUGAAGAGUUGUCCAGGGACAGAGACGUGUAUGUGACUACCCACACUCCCAGGAACACCAGGGAUGAGGGUGCUACAGGCCUCAGGCCCUCUGGUACUGUCAGUUGUCCUAUCUGCAUGGAUGGAUACUCAGAGAUUGUGCAGAAUGGACGUCUCAUCGUUUCCACAGAAUGCGGCCAUGUCUUCUGUAGCCAGUGCCUCCGUGAUUCCCUGAGGAAUGCUAAUACUUGCCCAACUUGUAGGAAAAAGAUCAACCACAAACGGUACCACCCCAUUUAUAUCUGAGGUGUUCAGAGUGCUCAGGAGAGACGGAUGGACAGCCAGCCAGCCAGGUUCUCCAGUGGUAUCUAUCUGCCUCCAUUUUCCUGAGCUCAGAAAGACUGUUUUGAAACCAACGUCCGAGAUGUAAACCCCUCUUUUGUUUCCAGCCCCUUCCUUUUGUUAUCUCCAGUUUGAUGCUACGGCACUGGGCCCAGGACCCUCCCAGUUCAUCUCUGUUCCUCUGGGCUAGGAGAAAGGGAGGAGUCAGGCACAUUGUAAUUGGGAACUGUGGUUCUAGUCUGCUUGGAGAACGUGCACAGUUGCCAAGAAGUUUUCCCUGUUUGGAAAGUUUGCCCCAGCUCUCCCAGGCACCCCACCUUUUGUCCCAAGUGUCUGCCGGUUGACCAGUCUGCCUGCCCACACAUUGACCAAGCCAGACCUGGUUCACGCAGCUCGAGGAUCCCAGGUGCAAGAGUGGCCCCUUGAGGUCACCGUGAUUCUGCCCGCACCUUACCAUUGAUCUGCAGUGAUUUCUGCAAAAAGAGAAACUGCAGGGCAAUCCCCCGUUUUCUAAGAAGGAAAAAGUGCAAUAAAGGCUAUUCUUUACCUACUUUUCAGCAGCCCUCAAGAUGUAGCACUGUUAGCACCCCCUCAGAGGCCUAAUGUUGCUUGCGGAGCAGUGCCCAUCCCAGCCCCUUUCUGCCCACCAGCUGUUCUCAGGAACCGUACCCACGCUCCAGUGUCCUUCACCUGGCACAGGACAUGCAAGUCAAAUAGGGCAGGCACUUGUGUGGGUGUCCUCUCCUUUCUGAUAAAAUCCAUCCUGUGUUCACCACACACCCUCCAGUCCUCAGUUCCCACUGCCUCAUGUCUGCCCCCGCAUAGGUGCUGAGAGGUGGUGGCAGUAAUUGUGACCGUGGCCUUAGCAGCCGCUCGGUUCCAGGCUUUUGCCCCAGUCACUGUUGCCCCACGUUUCAGAGAACCUGGCCCACCUGACUUGGCUUCCUCCUCCUUCCCAACCCAGUGGCAUUUACUUCAGAAACUGCUCCUCUGCACAGUUGGGCUUGGAUCCUUUGGGCUUUUGACUACUCCAUAGGUUUUGAUUGGCAAACACAGUGGCUUGUCCCCCCACAGGAACCCAGAUGACAACCUCUCCUUCACUCCACAGGUGUGGGAGCCUCGGGUUCUCUCAAGGGGCAGCAGAGUGCCCCUGACAGCACAGGGCCUGGGGGUGGCUAAUGAGAGAGGCCUUAGAGUGCCAGCCUGCCUCCUCUUCCUCACUCCUCCUUCCUCCGAGGGCUUCAAGCCAAACCAACGGCCUUUUCAGUGAAACAGCUUCAGAGUGGGAAAGGGGCCACUUCUGGCUUUGUUAGCAAUAACUGACCUUCAGUUUACCCUUCUGAAGGAGCAGGGACUCAGCACAGAACUCACUUUAAAUGGGGCUGAAGGAGUGUCCCUCCUCUAUGUGAAAAGAAAAGAGUUUUAUUCUUCAUUCUGACUUUUUAACUGUUUGGCUCAGUUAGUUUGAAUGAAAAUCAUAGUUUUCUACCUGGAGUUGAAGAGGGCAGGAGGCUCAGCUCUCACUGUCAUGAUGUUUAGCGUGUCUGCCCUCUGACUGGACAUCAUUGCCAUUAACUUUCUUCUGGGUGUCAUGGCAACGUCGUGAUGCCCAGACUUGGAGCAAGGCAACCUUGGAGCCAGUCCACUAAUAAAAUAUGGUUAAUACCCAUUUUUAAAUUUCUUUAAGUUUUAUCCUUAAAGAUAACUCAAGUGGUUGAUAAUAAAAGUUGUGUUACUUCGUCCUAAAUUAAAUUGGUAAAAAAAAAUUUUAAUGUGUUUGGUUUCUACUAUUGAGAAACUGCAAACCAGGAAAAGGUUGGUAUGAAAAUGUCUCUCCUUUUUUCAGUGUACAUAGUUCAGCUUUUUCUUUGUUACAUUUAAACUAUAUCCAUGGAUAUCAAUCUGUUUUGGACUCCUCUGCUAGUGUUAAAGAUGGAAAUAAAACCAUUAAUUUGAACCAA